UUUCGUCUCCUCCCCCACUGCACUCUCUUCCUAAUUUACCACAACAAUCAGGCUUCAUGGAUUCCUGCCACCGCUGCGCUUCACUUGUUCAGAGGACACUUACAGUGCAUUUCUCCACAGUUUUAGAGAUUUAAGAGUGAAUCCAUGGGGAGCAUCCCAGGAGUUUCACUUCUGCUUCUGGCGGUGAGUGUGUCCCUCCUGACAAGUCCCAGUGUCCAGGGCGGAAAGAUUCUGGUGUUCCCAUUGGAUGGCAGCCACUGGGUCAACAUGAACAUCCUGAUCCAGAGCCUCCAUGCCAGGGGUCAUGAGGUCACUGUGGUCCACACAUCCACUAGCUGGUACAUUAAGGAAAAUGCAUCACAUUACCACUCCAUCACUGUCACCCUACCAGAACCCAUGAGCCUACAGGAUGAGGACUUCUUUGUAAGCCUUCUGUUAAAGAUGUUGACAAUUCAGAAAGAAGGGGCAUCUCUUAUCAGCUUUGGGAAGUUCUUCUGGGAAAUGCUCGGUGCACUGUCGAAAAUUCACCAACAGGCCAGCAUGUUCGUGGUAGAAAUACUUGAGAACAAGACUCUAAUGCAGAGUAUUCGUGAUACCCAGUUUGACAUGGUUCUUCUGGACCCCGGAUUGCCUGUGGGAAUUCUGGUGGCUCAUGAACUUAAGCUGCCGACUGUUUAUAAUGUGAGAUGGACCUCCAGCGGAGAAGGGCAUUUUGUGGUAGCUCCAUCCCCAUUAUCCUAUGUUCCAAUUUCAGGAAAUGCUGUGUCAGAUAAGAUGACAUUUGGGCAAAGGGUCAAGAACACCUUUUACUAUGCCUUCAACACAAUCAUUGACAAGUUUGUAGUAUGCCCACACUAUGAUAGACUGAUAUCCAGGUACUUUCCAGAUCAGAAGUUCUAUCACCUUCUACAAGGAGCAGACAUCUGGCUGAUGAGGGUGGACUUUGUCUUUGAAUUCCCCAGACCCACCAUGCCAAACAUCGCCUACAUUGGUGGUUUUCAGUGUAAGCCUUCUAAGCCUUUAUCAUCAGAGCUGGAGGAUUUUGUUCAAAGUUCAGGAGAACAUGGAUUCAUCUUGAUGUCUCUUGGUACUCUGGUCAAAGGCCUACCUAUAGAAAUCACUUCUGAAAUCGCUGCUGCCUUUGCCAAACUUCCCCAAAAGGUCAUAUGGAGGCAUGCCGGUGAGCGCCCCAACAAUUUGGGCAACAACACCUUACUGUUAGAAUGGAUGCCCCAAAAUGACCUCUUGGGUCACCCAAAGAUUAAAGCCUUUGUGGCCCAUGGAGGUACAAAUGGGAUCUAUGAGUCCAUCUACCAUGGAGUGCCCAUAGUGGGCAUACCGCUUCUGUUUGACCAGUUUGAGAAUGUUUUAAGAAUGGAAGCACGAGGAGCUGCUAAGGUGGUGGAUGCGACCAAAAUCACUUGGCAGAACUUUCUGGAAACAAUACAAGAAGUUCUUCACAAUCCCUCCUACAGAAAUAGCAUGAAGCGUCUGUCUGCUCUCCAUCGAGAUAAACCAAUGCAUCCUCUGGACACUGCCGUUUACUGGGUUGAGUUUGUUAUCAGGCACAAAGGAGCUUCACAUUUACGCACUGAGUCUUACAAGAUGCCCUGGUAUGCCUAUUAUUCUGUGGAUGUUAUAUGCUUUUUGACUGCGGUCUUGUUUACACUGAUAGCCAUUGUAGUGGGAUCAAUACGAUUCCUUUGCUUUAGACUAUGCAGGAGGAGAAAACCCAAGCAGGAGUAGUUACUGACUCCUCACAUCAGAUUAGUGUUUAAGUCAUCUUAAAGGAUAGGAUAUUUCUACAUUCUCAGUCCUUGCUCUAGGGAGGGUGGUGUCAGUCAAUGUGUCAGGUCAAUCCACCAGUGGUUCAGAAUUAAAUUACUUAAGGACUAUUGGAUGGAUUGUCAUUCAAUUUUGUACAGAUAUUCAUUGUCCCAAGAGCAUAUAUCCAAAUCAAUUUUAGCUUUCAGUGAAAUGAUGAGUGAAUGAUGAAUUCCCAUUAAAUCUGGUACAAAUGACCAUAGUGCCUGGAGGAUAAUUCUUAAUGGUUUAGGUGACACCUUGACUUUUCCUCUGGCACCAUCAUAAGGUCAAUGUUCUCCAGUCAAUUUUCCAGUAAAAUAUCUCAACACUGUCCAAACAUACAAGCUUAAGAUACUUAUGAUAUUUAAGGGGACAACUGUGCAAUGUUUUUGGAGCUUCUCACCAUUACAAGUCUAAAAGAUGCUGCAUGCAAAACAAUCAAAUCAUUCACUAUUCCAUACACCAAAAUGGAAAAAAGUAGGUGGAUAUAUUGAUUGAUUGACAGCUGUGUGCCUGUAUUUACUCUUAACAGCAGUGUAUUACUGUUAUUUCCAGUGUAUGCAGAUCUGAAAUUUCACAAGAUAUAUAAAAUCACUUAUAUGAUUUAUCUGUCUUUUUUUAAAAAUAAAAAUCAACAUUUAAAAAAUGAAUACUGCAAGUUUAUGUCGUGUAUCAUCACUUGAAGAAAGAAAAUGCAGUCUGUUAAAUCGGUUUAAAUUUAUACUUAAUGAAAAUAAAAAAGUAAUUAACGACAAA